UCAUGGCUCUGACUGGCGGCCCGGAGCCCCACGAACUGGCGCCGACUUCCUCAGCUCUGGGCGGUGCGACGCCGCGCCUCUUAGGCAGCUGCUUUCCGCGUGGGGACGCUGGGAAAGGCCUUGCAGGAAAACAGGGCAGACAAGCUCCGCCAGCGAGCGCACCUGAGCAACAACUGAGCGGGUGGCCGGCCCCAGCGCCCGUUUAUUUCGCUCCUCACAAAAUGGCGCCCGCGCCACCCGGAAAUGAAAUCCUCUGAUUGGCCUGCCGUGCCCCCCCCGUAACGUCCAUGACGCGCGCCCCGCCCCUACCCGAAGCGCCUGCGCACAGCCCGGCGGGCGGGCCAAAAAGCGCGGAGUCACGGCUGGAGGGAGGGGGAGCGGAAUUAGCGGGCAGUUGGAAAGCCCGCGAAACGCUUUUUCCGCCUGGGAGGCCGGAGGACCGCGCUCGGGCAGGAGGAAGAGGAGGUGCUCCCCAUCUGGGCUCCACCUUCUUUUCAUGCCAGUACUCAAAGUUCACGCCCCUUUUUUGCUCAGCCGUCAGCCCGGUCUGUGAGAAGGGUGCUUCUGCCCUCAUAUGCCUCUCCCUGUGACCCCGGCCCCUUCAGACUCCGCUACGUCGUCUCUCGGCCCCGUCCAACAGCUCCUGACUACUCUUCGCCGGGGUCUGCUUCCCAAUUCGCUUUCGCCAGAGCCCGCGAGCUCAGUCGGCUCUGCGUCCUGGCGGUGGGGAGUCCUCGCGGAGCCCCUGCGCGUGCCAGGCCAUCCGGGACUACGUUUCCCAGCGGGCCGAGCGGACGGCGCCGAUGCUGCGGUCAGGUGACCCGGUCGCCUGACCGCAGUGAGUGAGGCCGGGAGGGCGGGGCCGCGCCGGCUGCUGGGGCUCGCCCUUGGCCCUUUAAUCCCCUUCGUGGGCCCCUCAAGCUGGAGCGGCCACGUUCUUGGGGCUUCGCCGGGGGUUGUGCUCUUCCGUACUCGGAUCGCUUCUUAGAAAUAUUCUAACUGCCGGUGGGGAGAACUGCGCCCUAAACCUGGGAUUCUGAUCCAGGAACUGGAAGUUGACAGCUUGGCUGCCUGGCUCCUGCAUCUGCCUUCUCCACUCACCAUCUCAUUUCUUUCUCCAGGAUUGUCAGUGGCUUCGCCCCGAGGAGAGCUGACUGCCCUGGGCUGCUGCCUCCGGCAGAGCUGAGCCAAAAUGUCCCCGGAAUCUAAAAAGCUUUUCAACAUCAUUAUUUUAGGAGUUGCCUUUAUGUUUAUGUUCACUGCCUUUCAAACUUGUGGAAAUGUGGCGCAAACUGUCAUCAGGAGUUUAAAUAGCACAGAUUUUCACGGCAGUGGAUAUACCAGCAUGGCUAUUAUCUACGGAGUGUUCUCUGCUUCAAAUUUGAUUACACCGUCGGUGGUUGCCAUUGUAGGACCUCAACUCUCUAUGUUUGCCAGUGGUUUAUUUUACAGCAUGUACAUUGCCGUUUUUAUCCAGCCUUUCCCAUGGUCCUUCUACACAGCCUCUGUUUUCAUUGGAAUUGCUGCCGCUGUGCUUUGGACAGCACAAGGAAACUGCCUGACAAUAAAUUCGGAUGAGCACACCAUUGGGAGAAACAGUGGAAUUUUCUGGGCACUUCUGCAGUCUAGCUUGUUCUUUGGAAAUCUCUACAUAUAUUUUGCCUGGCAAGGGAAAACUCAGAUAUCAGAGAGUGACCGAAGAACAGUGUUUAUUGCGCUGACGGUGAUUAGCCUUGUGGGGACAGUUCUGUUCUUUCUCAUUCGGAAACCAGAUUCUGAAAAUGUCCUAGGAGAAGAUGAGUCUUCUGAUGACCAGGACAUGGAAGUCAACGAGUCUGCCCAGAACAAUCUGACAAAGGCGGUAGAUGCUUUUAAAAAGUCUUUUAAGUUAUGUGUCACCAAGGAGAUGCUCCUUCUUAGUAUCACAACUGCUUAUACAGGUCUGGAAUUAACUUUCUUCUCUGGUGUAUAUGGAACCUGUAUUGGUGCUAUAAAUAAAUUUGGAGCAGAAGAGAAAAGCCUUAUUGGACUUUCUGGCAUUUUCAUCGGCAUUGGAGAAAUUUUAGGUGGAAGCCUCUUCGGCCUGCUGAGCAAGAACAAUCGUUUUGGUAGAAAUCCAGUUGUGCUGUUGGGCAUCCUGGUGCACUUUAUAGCUUUUUAUCUAAUAUUUCUCAACAUGCCUGGAGAUGCCCCGAUUGCUCCUGUUAAAGGAACUGACAGCAGUGCUUACAUCAAAUCCAGCAAAGAAGUUGCCAUUCUCUGCAGUUUUCUGUUGGGCCUUGGAGACAGCUGCUUUAAUACCCAGCUGCUUAGUAUCUUGGGCUUUCUGUAUUCUGAAGACAGUGCCCCAGCAUUUGCCAUCUUCAAGUUUGUUCAGUCUAUUUGCGCAGCCGUGGCAUUUUUCUACAGCAACUACCUUCUCCUUCACUGGCAACUCCUGGUCAUGGUGAUAUUUGGGUUUUUUGGAACAAUUUCAUUCUUCACUGUGGAAUGGGAAGCUGCCGCCUUUGUAGCCCGCGGCUCUGACUACCGAAGUAUCUGAUCUGGUGUCCAUGAGGGGACACGUGUGACCUCAGAAACACAGCUGGACACAGAGCUUGGUGGAAGAAGUCGCCUUUGAUCUUCACUAUAUAUUGGGUGAUGUUCAGUAUGGAAAAUCAAGGGAUUAAGACUGUUCAAUCAGCCAGAGUUGGUGUUCAAGUUUACAGAUAUGAGUUAUUUAAAGCAAGUGGAAUAAGGGAAAGCUGUUCUGUCAACUGUAAUUGUUCAAAGAUGUUGUUUUUCAUUUCAUCUAUCUCAAUUCUUAUAAUCAUGUUAUAGAAUGUACAUGUUUUCUUUUCCCUCCUGCUCGUGUUGGAAGAUCCUGCCUUGAUUUAGAAUACUAGGCCGUAUGUCAUAUAAAUAUUUUUUCUGG